AUGAGCGGCACCCCACGCAUCCCAUCGACACCCGCAGCGGGCCCGACAGAGCUGCGGUCCGCUCCAUCAUACGCAGGACGGUGGACGAGGCUCAACCCGUCGCUCACACCGUGGAUCCUGUCCUUGCUCUCGGACAUGGGGUUCCACCAGAUGACGCCCGUGCAGGCAUCGACGAUCCCGCUGUUCCUGUCGCACAAGGAUGUAGUGGUGGAGGCGGUGACGGGCUCGGGCAAGACGCUGGCGUUUGUGAUUCCGGUGCUGGAGAUGCUGCUGCGGCGAUCGACCAAGUUGAAGAAGGACGAGGUGGGUGCUUUGAUCGUAUCGCCUACGAGGGAGUUGGCGGAGCAGAUUCACAAGGUGAUCGGGACGUUUUUGGAUGCACAGAACCAGGUGGAAGCUGCUGCAGCAGCAGCAGAGGGAGACAAGCUAGAAGAGGAAGAAGACGCAGAAACCAGCGACAGUGACAGCGACAGCGAUAGUGAUUCCGACUCAUCCGCCGCUCGCAAGAAAGCCAACAAGAAGAAAGCAUCCCCACCACCGAAAACGACGACGAAAAUUGCAGGGGUACAGCUCGUCGUCGGCGGUUCCAAAUCCACCCCGCUCGACGACUAUCGCAUCUUCCGCGACUCUGGCGCGGACAUCCUUGUCGGCACUCCCGGGCGACUCGAAGAGCUGCUCUCCCGAAAAGGCGUCAAAAAGGCUCAACUCGAAGUGCUCGUCCUCGACGAAGCAGAUCGCCUGCUCGAUCUUGGCUUCGCGGAGAACUUGCGCCGCAUCCUCUCGCUCCUCCCCAAGCAGCGCCGAACGGGGCUCUUUAGCGCAACGAUGACCGACGCGCUCUCCGAACUCGUCCGCAUGGGGCUGCGCAAUCCGGUGCGUGUUGUGGUCAAAGUUGAGGCCAAGAAAAAAGCAGCCACAGCGACAUCAGCAGCAGCAGGAGCAUCCGCGGGCGCGGCGGCGGGCGACGAUUCGAGACGCACACCAGCCAGCUUGCAGAACCUCUUCCAAGUCUCGCGUCCGGAGAACAAGCUAUCUCAGCUCGUGCGCAUCCUGCUCUUCGAGAACAGCGACAAGGGCAUGAGUGGCGGAGCGCGCAAGUUCAUCGUCUACUUUAGCACGUGUGCCCAGGUCAACUAUUUUCAUUCGGUCUUCAGCCAGCUGGCGGUGCUCAAGCAGAACCGGAUCAAGCUGCACGCACUCCACGGCAAGCAGACGCCGAGCAAGCGCAAGAGCAUGUUUGACGCCUUUGUUGCGAGCACGGCGCUGGAUGGCGCUGUCGCCGCCUCAUCUAAGGCGACAAGCGGGGCGACCGUGUUGUUCUGCACGGACGUUGCUGCACGAGGACUGGACUUGCCCGAUGUCGAGGUGGUGGUGCAGUACGACCCGCCUACGGAUCCGAAGGUGUUUUCGCACCGAUGUGGCAGGACGGCGAGAGCUGGGCGCCGGGGACGCGCCAUCGUCAUGCUGCACUCCGGGCGCGAGGAAGACUUUGUCGCGUACAUGGGUGUCAAGCGUAUCCCGCUCGCACCCUACCCGUACCUCUCUGCGACACUCGAGGGCGUCCUCGAGCCCGAGGAGCCAGACCCCGCCGCGCGCGAGUUGGAAUCCACCAUCCGCACAAUCGCACAGCAGGACCGCGAAGUGUUCGACUUCGCCAUUCGCGCCUACGUCUCCUACAUCCGCGCAUACAGCAAGCACGAAAUGUCGUACAUCUUCCGUCUGGCCGACCUGGACCUUGCGGGUGUCGCGCAUGCGUUUGGCUUGAUUCGCUUGCCCGCCAUGCCCGAGUUGAAGGCGCGCAGGGCCUCCGGUGCGUUGGUGUACGACGAGGCGCAGAUCGACUUUGGUGCGAUUCCGUUCAAGGACAGAGCCAAGGAGAGGCUGCGGCUCGCCAAGGUCGAGGAGGACAAGGCAGCGGCGCUGGCUAAAGCGGCUGCGGCUGCGGCAGCGGUGAAGGACGCGGACAGCGGAGACGAUUCAGAUGACUCGGACGCAUCCGGGUCGAGCUUCUUCCCCGCAGCAACGGCAGUCGGCGGCGGCAAGAAGAAGCGCAAGGUGGACAGCGACGCCGCCGGUGCCUGGUCGGCACAAAGGGAGCGCCGAGAGUUGCGGCUGGCACGCCAAGAGAAACGCGCGCGCAAACGUGCGUUCCUCAAACAAGAAGCUCACGCAGCAAAGCAGGCGCAAGCCGCCGGCGCCGCCUCUUCGUCCACGAAGGACUCACGCAAAGUCAAGGACGACAAAGACGACGACGACGACGAAGAGGACGACUGGAACGAGGAAUACCGCAAACUCAAAAAGCAGAAACGCCAGCAACAACAGGCAGCCGCUGCGCGCAACAGCUCCCACUUCCACAGCAACGAUAACGGCGACAGCGACGCCGGCUUCAAUAGCACCAGCGAUACCGAACAACCAGAGCCCUUCUUUGUCAUUUAA